AAUUAUCAAACUAUGAUGUUUGUUACUCGAUCACGCGAUUGGCCAAGGAAAUUAUUUUACAAUGCUUUUCUUGGAUCAAUUUUGAUAUUAUUUCUCGUACAAUGUUCUGUGAAAGCUGACGAAGUUCCAGCAUUUUUUUUAAAAAUUGCUAAAAAUAUUCCACGAGUUGGAAGAAGUGAAAAGUUUGAAGAUUUUUAUUCAAAAUCCACUAACAAUAAUCCUAAUUCAGAAAAAUACUACGAUAAUUCGAAAUCUUGGCAAUCGCAUGAAAAUUCUGAACACUUUGCGAAACCACUUAAAAGACGUUUGGAUUAUUCCCUGAUGGAUCAAUCAUAUUCUUGGCAAAAUUUUCCACUUGCUAUCGAAGGACCUAGGGAAUUGUGGCGAACUUUAGCAGGAUAUUCGAAAGAUCCUUCAGAGGAUAUGUCGAAUGAAAUUUGGACGAGGAAGAAAAGAACCGGCGAAGAAGUUUCUGAUUAAAAACAAUUAAAAAAUACAAAAAAAAAUAUAUAUAUAUA